AUUCCACAGACCUGUCCCCUCCCACGACGUCACACGGAUCCUUUCCUUCCUGCUUGCUUGCUAGCUUAGCUUCAGCUGUUGGCACUUGGCUGUCCAAGUGGUGCAUUUGUGAUCCUCCAGCUAUCCCUUAACUUAAUCGGGUCGUAUUUAGGAGAUUUUACAAUAGUUAUAGUAACAAAAGCUGCGAUAUAUAGACCAGGUACUUAUAUCAGAAAGGCUUUCGAACCUCUGGGACAUGGCCAGACAAGAGCAAGUCCUCCAGCUUGAGCCACCACACGAACUGAAAUUUAGAGGUCCAUUUACAGAUGUCGUCACGGCCACCCUGAAGCUAGGCAACCCAACAGACAGAAAUGUGUGUUUUAAAGUGAAGACGACAGCGCCUCGUCGAUACUGUGUCCGUCCAAACAGUGGCAUCAUUGACGCAGGCACUUCCAUCAAUGUAUCUGUUAUGCUGCAGCCUUUCGACUAUGAUCCCAAUGAAAAGAGCAAACACAAAUUCAUGGUGCAGUCCAUGCUUGCUCCAUAUGACAUGACUGACAUGGAAGGGGUGUGGAAAGAGGCAAAGCCAGAGGAGUUGAUGGACUCCAAGUUGAGAUGUGCAUUUGAGCUGCCACUAGAGAAUGACAAAACUCAUGACAGUGAAAGCAACAAAAAUGUGUCCUCUACCUCCAUAAAGUCAGAGCUCUCCUCACUCCCUAAGUCUGCCAGCUCCUCCCUGGAUGACGGCGAGGUGAAGAAGAUCAUGGAGGAGUGCAAGAGGCUGCAGAUGGAGGUCCAGAGACUACGGGAAGAGAACAAACAGAUCAGGGAGGAGGAUGGUCUGCGGAAGAGGAAGGUCACGUCCAUGGCGUCCUCUCCCCACUCAUCUUCCUCACAGGCCAUGAUAAGGGAGGAGGGCCUGAGUACCCGCGUGCUGGCGCUCUGCGUGCUGUUCUUCGUCAUCGGUGUCAUCAUCGGGAAAUUGGCCCUGUAGAUGUAGCCAGCUGCAGCAUGCUCGGAGGACCGAAAAAAAACAACAACAAUGGGAUGUGUACUUGUUUUUUUGCAUAAUGCAAUAUCACAUGGGUUUAUUUGAGUUGUGAAAUUAUUUACCAUAAAGCAAAGGUAAUCUAGUGAAAUAAUGAAAAGAACCGGUCACGAGUCGUCUUGCCUUUUAAUCACUGUAUUUUCCAUCCCUACUUGCACAGAUACAAUACAAAUCAUUGUGUGGGGAUUGGGGAAAUUGCAACGUUGUGUUCUAUAAGCAUCAAUGAUAGCAAUGUGUUCCAGCAAGGUCAAGGCUUUUCCUACAGCAGAACUAAUGUGACUGAGUUCUAUGACAUUGUGUGAAUGUUUUAAUCACUGCUUUUUUAAGGCAAGGAGACCGUGCAUUGUGUGUGAGUCGAGAGGCUGCCGGUGAAUUUUAGCAUGAAGGGGGGUAAUUAUGUAAAUCCUGUCAUCCAACUGAUUCCUGUAUGAAACAUAAAAUGGAUUUGGGGGGGGGGUAACUGAAAAAUAAAAUGUUAACCAUCAUUUUGUCCAAGACAGACCCCUGUCCAAUGCAGUAGGUUGCUUAUUUUUUAUAAUCAAUUAGAAAUGUGUUUUUAAUCUAUCACAGAAUAUGUACUGUCUCAUAGUGCUGCAGUGAGUUAGGUCUACACAUUUUAGUGUGUAAUUUAGUGACAGUCUCUGAGGUGAAGGCACAGAAUCGGUGACUUGUAAUUUGGUCAAAGCCCCAGCCUGUGAAGGAUGUCUUCAGGAUCAGUAUGUGGGUGGUGCCUUUUGCAUCUCUGAUAUUUUAAGUAGAAAUUUUGCACCAAUAUUGAAUUUUAAGUCUGUUAUAUUAAAUUAAGUGCCCUUUAACAUAGACCACAUUAAUUCAAUAAAUCUGUUGUUUUUUGCAUGAAUUAAGGAUUGCUAAAUUGCCCAAAUUUGGAAUUUUGACAUCCCUCCGUCAACGCUGACACUUCUAGGAAGAUUUUACUGCACUUAGGCCUAGAUUCAAUUAGAUCAAGCGUUAACAGGCAAUAGCCGACACCCGCAUUUCUGAUGUUGUGGCGGUAACUGUUGGAGCUGCUCUUCUGAUCGUUCAGAAGCCACAACUGCCAAAUUCUCUAAAAUGACGUUGGAGGCGGCUUAUGGUAGAGAAAUUAACCAAUUCUAUGGCAACAGCUCUGGUGGACAUUCCUGCAGUCAGCAUGCCAAUUACACACUUGUGUUAGAAGUUCAGAACGAGAAAGUGUAGACUAUAGGGUGAAGAAGUGGGACACUUAUUUUCAUAUCUGUGUUCUGUAACCUUUUUCAACAUCUAGCCAACAUAUCUCAACACGUGAUACAUUCCUGAAAUCCUCAAGAUGUUCCCUAAUCAUCACAUCAAUUUGUGUGAUUAGGAAACAUCUGAGGAAUUCAGAAAUUCAUCAUCUGUUGGGCUAAUAUGUGUCCGACUUUUUCUGAAAUUACUCAAAUAACAGUACAAUACUUUUUUUUUUUUUUUACAGGAUAUAGUACUACACGAACCAGAACCUUGCCUAACCUAAGUACAGGGGUUCCCUAAUGUAAACUGGAUCCCUUUCCUCCAUUGGAAUAGUUUAUAAGACUGUCCCACUUUAGCUACUCCAUGCUGUCCUACUUUAGUUAGCUAUAGUUGGUAAAGCAGGACAACUAAAAACAUGACUGAAUUACAAAAUUGAAACAUAAUAUUGGCAAUUUUUUAAAUGUAUUAUUUUUGAUGCGUCAGUACAUAGUAUGCACAUUUACAUCAGAAUUUGGCACUGCGUUAUUUCUGGUAGUUUUAGAACCUUAACAUCAAAACAGAAAAAAUGAUCACAACAGCAGGAAGUGAAGUGCCACACAGGAAGUGGGCCGAGAGAGUUUCUCCCACAGAGAGAUAGGGAAAGAGAGGCUCAGAUGACAUCAUGUAGCUGAUUUUACCAUGUGCUUUGCAGGGUAAGCUUGUUUGAAGCUUGCUCUUCCCGCCUCUAUGAUAUCAAUGAAGUGAUGUGAUUUUGAUCAUGUGGUUUCUCUGCAAGGGCUUAGUAACAUUAGUUUUGAUUUGCUCUUGUCAAACCAAUAAAUAAACGUCAGGAUUAUGGUG